AUGGCCGACUCCAGCAAUACUGGCUUCCAAGAGGACAGCAUCGCGGAUAGAUGGGUCAGGUACGAGGAUGACUGGUCGGGCAUAUCGGAUACGAAGGAGAGAAGGAAGGUCCAGAAUCGCCGUAACCAAAGAAUCCUCAGGUCGAGGAGACGAAGGGAACUUGGCCAUGGUGGCGGUGAUGGUGCCGAUGGCCAACCGCGUAUUCCAGCUCCCGAAUGUUCAAACUCUCCGGCACACUGGAGAUACGAGGAUUCCAACAUCAGAGCCGUCACGGCCGCUAUUAAGAGACUCAAUCUUCUUAAUGCCGGACAGGAGCAUGAUCGGAUGAUCCUUCAACGUUUCGAGGCGUUUGCAGAGCAACUCUACAUAAUACACUCUCCGCAACUUACAAUCUUGCCGAUCCUAUCCCAGUUCAACUUUAUCCGAGCUUUGCUGGCCAACAUGGACACCUUGGGUCUCUCGUCUAAGCAGAUGGGCCACAACGCUCUGUCGCUGUUUAAUUCGCCAGACAAUCAUCGACACCGGACCUCAACACGACUUCCAGACGGGCUACGGCCGACAGAUCUUCAAUCCACCACAUUACACCACCCGUGGAUUGAUCUUCUCCCUAUGCCUGAGAUGCGUGAAAACUUGUUCCGACGAGGCUUAGACUGCUUCGAUGAGGAGAAGCUUUGCCACGCCCUCCGUGGACGCAUUCCAGAUCAUGACCCAGGCAUGCUUAUUUGGGGUGAACCUUGGGAUCUAAACAGUUGGGAAGUAACAGAAGCCUUUGCCAGAACCUGGGGCUGGACCAUCACUGGCUGUUGGGGCCUUCUACAUUCUACCAAUGAGUGGCGAGCCAAGCGGGGAGAAAAGCCACUGUUUAGUCUUCCUACAUGA